UUAAACAGGAAGCUUUUGAUUAUGCCACCCUGGACCAUGGUAGCUGUUGUCUACCUGGACGGAUAAUGAGAGCCAGAAAAUUUGCAAUUAUUGUCAGUGAUCUUACACUCAGAAAAACUUUAAUGUAAUUUAAUUAUAACUCCGUAUAUGCGUGUUUUUAUUUAACUUAUCCACUGGUAAAGACAAAGCAAGUCGCUCGAUUUUGACAGAAUAUAUGUUAAAUUAAUAUUCGGCAUUUAGUAAAAAGGAUACACGAGGAACCGAUUGUAAACAUGUCGUUUUAAAUUGCAUUUUGUACAAUCGAACUAUUAUGUAAUUUCUUUUCAUAAACAUUUCACAUUUGACCCCGUUUGGAUUUCCCGUGGUGGUUGUGUUUUUAGCUAAUGUAUAGGUCUGACUACAUUAACGAGUUCUAGCGAGCUGCAAGUGCAUUUGACUUUUCGAACGCUACGGAGAAUGGAUGAUUUUAGCUCAAUUAGUCUUCUUUCGCUGGCGAUGCUGGUGGGCUGCUAUGUAGCUGGUACCAUUCCUUUAGCCGUCAACUUUUCAGAGGAGAAGCUGAAGCUAAUAACAGUGCUGGGAGCAGGGCUGCUGUGUGGCACUGCACUGGCGGUGAUCAUUCCAGAGGGUGUGCAUGCACUGUAUGAGGAAGUCUUGGAUGGGAAGCACCACAGGGAGCAUGAUACGCAGAAUGUGGAAAAGGUGGUGAAGUCUGGAGAGGGGUCGAUGGUUGCAGAGCUGGGUGAACAACUUCACAGCCAUGAGCAGCUCCAUGCCUACAUUGGUGUCUCGCUGGUGCUGGGCUUUGUCUUCAUGUUGCUGGUGGACCAAAUCGGCAGCACCCAUGUGCAUGCCACAGAGGAUCCAGAGGCUGGGAGAGUGACAAAUUCUAAGAUCACAACCACUUUGGGGCUUGUAGUGCAUGCAGCAGCUGAUGGAGUUGCACUGGGAGCUGCUGCCUCUACUUCUCAGACCAGUGUUCAGCUUAUAGUCUUCGUUGCCAUCAUGUUGCACAAGGCUCCGGCCGCCUUUGGUCUGGUGUCAUUCCUUAUGCAUGCUGGAUUGGAGCGGAAUCGCAUUCGGAAACACCUGCUCGUGUUCGCUCUGGCAGCUCCGGUUUUGUCCAUGCUUACAUUUCUGGGGCUUAGCAAGAGCAGUAAGGAAGCCCUGUCGGAGGUGAACGCCACAGGUGUGGCUAUGCUUUUCUCAGCUGGGACCUUUCUGUACGUGGCAACGGUGCACGUCCUGCCUGAGGUGGGUGGCACAGGGCACAGCCACGCUCCCAACGGCACUGCGGGGAAAGGACUAAGCAAGCUUGAAGUGGCCGCUCUGGUGGUGGGGUGUCUUAUUCCUUUGGUCCUGUCCAUAGGCCACCAGCAUUAAACCUCAAGGGAGUAUUGCUUGGUCAAUCAUGGUAUUAAUGAUAAUGGGACAGGACUGGACUUUUCUUGGUCAGUGAAAACCUGGUCACACCAGUCUGAAAGGCCCUGAAUAGCAGGAAGUCAUUCAAACUGUGUAGAUAAUGUAAAUCAAACAAACAAACAACUAUGUGGAAAAAUUAAGAUAAAUAAAAUCUCUCCAGUGCUUGAAACAGGAAUAUGGGGCACAGUGUUCUAUAAAUGGGUCUGGGAGGGACUUCCAGUUAUUAUUUUUAGUGUUGUGGGUAAGUGUUAGAGAAGAAACUUAAUAAUUUUUGAGAAUAUAUUCAAGGGGACAUGUGUAAGAAUUGUCCAUUCAGAUUUCAGACUAAAGUUUUGCUAACAGUUAAGAUUUUAUAUAUGAAAUAUGAAAAGGCAAAUGGCCCUCUGCCUUACCAACUCCUGAAGAAGCAUUUCAGGUUUGUCAUCUAUCUUUCAGUCUCGUGAUUUACAAAGCAAACUUGAUUUUCAAUAAAAUUAUAAUUCUCAGAUUUUUAGCACAGGAUUUUUUAAUCUGUUUAGAGAGAAGUUGCUUUUAUCUCUUUCAUAAUAAAUAACUUAUCUUACACAUAAUAUCAUGUCUUACACAGCCAUGAAUGGUUUGCCUUCCAGCUUUUUUUGGUAGAUUUUGGUUCCACCGCUGCCAUUGAUGAUAACUAAGUAAAUACCCAGCUACACAGUCUAAUUGACAUUAGGAUUAAUAGAACUAAUGGACAAGUGCAGCAUAGCCCCUGGUGUGCGGGCUGCUUUUAAGUGGGCUAGACACUGGGACAGGAGCUCUUGAAAGAAACUAAAAAUUAUAGGGUCCUACACACAGAACCUUCAGAUGAUUUCUAAAGUUUGGUGCCCAGGGAGAAUGUGAGUGGUCCAGCGUGGUACAUUCUGAACAGCAUCUGUUCACAGUGGUAAAAUAAUGUGAAAAUGGGGCAAACAUCUUGGUCAGUAUAACACAGCCAUUCUGUUUCACUGAGGAAGAUACAAGCAACAUUUUUUUUCCCAUGAGUUGGAAGAGCAAGGUAGAUUUUUUUUCUACCAUUAGGUACACUCAGUAUUGAACAUUGCAGCUUUUUGUAUAACCUCAGGUCUCAGUUCCAUAGCCUGAUUAAUUUUGGUAUGUUGUGUUUAUGAAUUGAAAAGGUACACAUGUUGCUUGAUACUGGUACCUAAGGCCUGGUCAUUGGAAAGCUGCAGUCUCGCAUGUUUUAUAUGUCACCUUUAAAUCAUCAUUUUGUAAAGACCUGGAGUACAUCUUGUCCCCAGCUGUGGCUCUUGAAGGCUACAGGAUGCUAGUAUUUUCAAAAAUAUUGUAUGUAUCAAAUUACGUUUGAACUAGUUAAUAGGUCAGAUCACCUACUCAAGUGAUCAAAAUGAGAUUGUUCCAAGUGUUUAGAAAUUGAUGAUUUAAGCUAGUUAAACCUUAAAAAACUGUUAGAUUGUGGCUAUACAGAUCCAAUGUUUGCCACUCCUGGUGUAAUCAAUCAAAUAAUUUAGAGCAGAGCUGUCCAGUUCUGUUCGUAGAGAGCUGGUGUGUCUGCGCACAUUUUCUAUGUCACUUAGAAAUGUAAAAGUGAAAACUCCUGUAUAGCUAGGAGAAGUUCUUAACUGGUCAGGUUGUACCAAAAAUGAGCUAAUUAGCUCAUUAAAACCUGAGUUGCAAUGAAAACCUGUAGACACACCACCUUCCCAGGAACAAGAUUGGACAGUCCUGAGUAACACCAUUUAUUUAGCUGGAUGAUACUGCAGCUCUCUGGUUUUGUGUUCAGACAAGGCAAAAAGAAAUGAAAAAUCCCUUUUAAUAUACUUUCUUUAGGUAGAUUUUAUAAAGAUAAAGCUCCUUGAUGAAAUGAUCUAAAUGAAACACCUGCAGCCUCAAGCAUUGUUCAGAUUUCCUGAUGUUCUUUGUAAAACAGGGUAAAUAAAAAUACAAGACAUUCUGUUCACUAUUAGUAGGGAUGGUUGUAAAAGCCAUAAAUGCAGAGGUGAAUGCAGGUGAUUAUUUGUGGAUUAAUUGUGUUUAGAAAAGAGUGAUGUCUUUCAUUAAAUAUUAGUUGUCAUUGGGUAUGACUGCAAGAUCACUCGAUAUAAAACAAAUGCUGGAUUUAUGUGAAGCAUUUUAUGGUCUCAGAUAAAAAGUGAAGUCCGAAACUGGUUUGUGUUCAUGGAAUCCAGGGAGGUGAUGUUAGACAUUGUGAAUCAUGUACCAUUGCAGAUAUAGCAGUGAUUGUGUGUGCUGGCUGUGAAACAGUCAAAGAUGACAUCACUGAAUAAAUGACAUAUUAACAGAUUAAAGGUUGAAGGUGUUCUCAGAUGGUUUGGGGUGAUGCAAAUGUAAUUAAAGUUGCUGCUUCUGCUAUUUUGUAUUUAGUGCCCUUCUACAAGGAAUUGCUGUUUUGCUCAUGAUUGUGGGUUGGGGCCCUCUUAUGUCAGGGGACACCACGGCACUUCUGCGAUCUACUAACUGCUGGGAACUGGCGCAAAGAUGAGAGCUGGGGGAAUUCUUCAGUGUAAUUUUACAAAUCAUUGUUGAUAAAUCUGAUGGCUGAUUUUGUCCAUGUUAAAAACUUCUGUUCAUGUAUUUUACUUGUUAGAUUGCCAAAUGCUUUCAUGAUUAGAACCCUUAAUUUAAGAAAGAUUUUGAUGACUGCUUUCAGUGUUUAAGCAUAGUAUAGCCGACUACAGAUGUUGAAGUAUUUACCAGUUAGUUUUUUUUAAUUACUCUGUAAAUUUUAACAGUGCGUUUUAACUUACUGAAGCCUUUUAUGCUGUUGUAAAGUGGUUUUUAGGGUAGAAAUUGGGGCCCUAAUUUUUUAGUUUAAUUGAACUCUUUUUAACAGUCUAAAGGAACAUGUUCAGAAUUUUGUCUAUAACUUUCAAGAAAAACCCAAACAAGCAAAGAAAGAUUGUAUUGACAAUUGAACCUAAAGGACACUUUGAUCAAGGUGUUACCUCUUGGAAUUUGCCCCUCGAUUGACAGAUGGGAAUCAGCUGUGUUUCAUGCCUUUUGUGUCACAGUGGCCAUCAGUGGGAGGUUUUUGGGUCCUUUUCUUUGUUCAGUUGUUAAUCUGCACAUUCUACACUUUUAUGGCAGAUAUGAACACAGCGGUAAUGUUUAGAAAAUUCAAAAUAAUAAAAUUGAAAUUUAUCAUUUACAGAUCUCUUAUUUUUACAAUAUCUGAGCUUGUGCUAUAUUUUUUCCAUGGCUUCUUUAAAGCAGUAGUUGCAAAAUCAGGACUGAUCUGGUUGUCUGAUGUGACGGUGGAUGUAGAAUCAGUCAAUCUGAACAUAGAUUGACUGUGUUCUACAGAUUUCUUUAAUGGUUAACAACAUCCUUAGAUAGUAGUUGCAUUAAUAAAUAGUAGUUUUUGUUUUUAUUUAAAAAAAACCCAACAAUUUCUUCAAAUUAGGAAUAACUUUUUUGAACGUUGAAAUAAUUUCAAAAUGGUUUGUCCCAGCAGGGAUCAUAUUUCUCAAUGUUGUCAAACUCUUGCAUAAAAAGUGUAUACUGGA